GUUUGUUUGUUUGUUUGUUUAUCAUUUCAGCCAGUAAAAAUGUCGGAUCCCGAGGAUGCGCUGGAGUUAGAGCAGACAGACAGCACGAAGGACAAGAAGAAGAAGAAGAAGAAGAAGAAGGAAGCAAAACGAAGCGGGAAGAAGAAGAAGGAGAAAGAAGAACAAGAGCAACAGGUGGUGGAGGAAGAAGAGGAGCAGAGUGAGUGUGUUGUGCUACGUGGGAUCUUCAAACUGGGGAAGAAGAGUCACGAUGUCUUGCUCACCCGAACCAGACUGACCUGGACCCCCAUCACCCCUGAGACCCCCUCAGCUGAGGCGUGCGUGCUACAGCCAGGCGUGGUGCUACUGCAGGACGUGUUUGCGGUGAAGGUGAAGCGCCGCCGAGCCGCGGGCCAGCAGUCGGGAGGAGCUGUGCUCGGCGUGGCUCUGUUCUGCUGCAGGAGGAGAGGAAGCAGACUGAAGGAGGACACACUGCACCUCCACAACGCCUCUGCAGAACACACAAACACCUGGUACAACACCCUGAAGGAGCUACUCGCAGGGUUCAGCAGUCGUCCCAGGUAUCUAAAGGUGUUCAUCAACCCCAGCAGCCACAAGAAGGAGGCCGUUCACAUCUACAGAGAACAUGUGGCUCCGCUCUUCAAGAUGGCUGAUGUCCGCACUGACAUCACCGUGACAGAGAGGAAGGGUCAUGCUCUCUCAGUGAUGAAGGAAUGCAAGCUGGAUGAAUAUAAUGGGGUGGUGUGUGUUGGUGGGGACGGUUCGGUGGCGGAGCUGUGUCACGCUCUUGUCUUCAGGGCUCAGCUGGAUGCUGAUUCUCCAAGGAAACCAGUGAAACCAGUGCUGCCACUUGGAAUCAUUCCUGCUGGUUCUACAGAUGUGGUUUCCUGUUCUGUUCAUGGAGUCAGAGAUCCAGUCACUGCAGCCCUGCACAUCGUCCUUGGUCACCUGCAGCAGGUGGACAUGUGCAGCUUCUCGUCUCUCGGCCAGUUGGUGCGUUUCGGUUUCUCUGCCAUGUUUGGCUUUGGUGGGCGGAGCUUAGCACGGGCAGAGAAGAAGAGGUGGAUGCCGUCAUCGCGGCGACGAGAGUACGCUCUGGUGAAGACACUGGCUAGGUUGAGACCAGAGGACUGUCAGCUGUCUUUUAUACCAGCGAAUAAGUCAAACAGAGACCAGGAACAGGACCCAGAGUCAGAAGGGGAGUCCUGGACGGCCAAUCAGGGCCUGUAUCUGAGCAUCAGCAUCAUGUCCAUCCCCUGUCUGAGUCCACACGCACCUCAAGGACUGGCUCCCAACACCAGGUUGGCAAAUGGGAACGCAGCAUUGAUCGCAGUAGGAAACACUUCCAGGUCAGAGUUCAUCAAACACCUGAAGAGAUACAGCAGCUCUAGUGGACAGUUCAGCUUCCCCUUCGUGGAGACUCACACAGUGUCUGCGGUGAGGAUUCGCCCACGGUCGAUGAUUGGCUGGUCAGAGGAGGAGAGCGAGGAAGAGCCUGACUCCAAAUCCUCGCCCAUCAUCCAAUCAGAGGGGGCGGCCUUCCCCUGGAACAUCGACGGAGAGCUGGUGGAGAUCGCAAACGAGGUGCUCGUCAGGUUGCCUGGACAGACUGACUCCUAGCCACUGGUGAUCACUCUCUGCUUCACACGUCAUCCCACAGCUCCGCACCUCUGGACACAAAUUAUUUAAAAUGUUAACGCUGUUUCACACAUGCAGCCUUCACGGGUAAUUCAGUGGUGUUUUAUUGUUAAAGGCCACAGCUAAUAGUGUUAACAUGGAAGACAGCAAGACUGGAAAGAGGGAUCGCCUGGCUCUUUCCAAAGGUUAUAAAACCUCUAAAGCUCAGUAACAUGAUCUCAUCUGUUUAAUUUGUAAAAAAGUUGUGGUUUAUAGGGCUCUGAUGCGGGACUAGGCAGACUUUACUAGGCAGACUGUUACCUUUGGAGUAACAUUAUGCUUUUUAAC